AGUAGCUUCCAAUUCCUUGCCCGAGCCACCACCGCUUUCCUUUCUUCCUUCUUUCCUUCCGCCCCUCCUGUCCCUCUCCGCCUUGCUCUCCGACAAAACCCUAUCCCUUUGAUCGCGAUUCAUGAUUGGCGAUCUGACGGCGGAGUAGAUCGGAGGGAGGCAGAGCGUGGAGGUCGGGCAAUGAAGCAAACGGCGCCGCAGCAGCCGAACCGCCAGGCAUACACCGCCUUCCGCUCCUCCCCCGGCGUUCUCUUCUGGUCCGCCGUCCAUGUCCUCUGUUGCCUCCUCUCCGCCGCCGCUGGGUUCCGCUUCUCUCGCCUCCUCUUCCUCCUCCUCUUCUCCCCUUCCCCUCCCUCCUCCUCGUCCCUCCACCAUCGUCACCUCCUCCGCCAACCCCCGCCCGCCGUCCUUCCGUCCCCGCCGCCGCCCCACAUCCAUCUCCCUCCUCCUCCUCCCGCCGCCGCCUCGAACCGCGUCGUGGUCGGCCGCCACGGCAUCCGGGUGCGGCCCUGGCCCCACCCGAACGCCGCUGACGUUGCACGGGCCCACGAGAUCCUCGCCCGCGUGCAGCAGGAGCAGCGCCGCCGCUACGGCGUCAAGGACCCCCGCCCCGUCCUCGUCGUCACCCCGACCUACGCCCGCACCUUCCAGGCCCUCCACCUCACCGGCCUCCUGCACUCGCUCAUGCUCGUCCCGCACCCACUCACCUGGCUCGUCGUCGAGGCCGGCGGCGUCUCCAACGAGACCGCCGCGCUCCUAGCCCGCUCCCGCCUCCCCGUCGUCCACCUCCCCUUCCACGAGCAGAUGCCCGUCCGCUGGCACGACCGACACCGCCUCGAGGCUCGGAUGCGCCUCCACGCCCUCAGAGUCAUUAGGGAGAAGCAAUUGGACGGUAUCAUCGUGUUCGCAGACGAAAGCAACGUCCACAGACUGGAGCUCUUCGACGAGGUUCAGAAGGUGGAGUGGAUGGGCGCGCUGUCGGUGGGAAUUCUAACACAUUCGCAGAGAGAAGGUGAGAAGGGGCAGUCACCAUUGCCUAUCCAAGGACCAGCGUGCAACGCCUCUGGCCACUUGAUCGGCUGGCACACCUUCAAUAACCUUCCUUAUGCUAAGAAAGCCGCCGCCUUUGUGGGUGAUGGGGCGACGGUGUUGCCGAUGAAGCUCGAGUGGGCCGGGUUUGUGAUGAACUCGAGGCUGCUGUGGAGGGAGGCUGAGGAGAAGCCGGGUUGGGUUCGGGAUCUUGACGAGGUGGGAAUCAACGGGGAGGAGAUCGAGAGCCCGCUGGAUUUGCUGAAGGAUGCAUCGUCGGUGGAGCCACUCGGAAACUGCGGCAAGAAGGUUCUGCUGUGGUGGCUUCGGGCCGAAGCGCGCUUUGACAGCAGGUUUCCCGCUCGGUGGGUGAUAGAUCCUCCUCUGGAAAUCAUUGUCCCUGCAAAGCGGACUCCAUGGCCUGAGGCACCUCCUGACCUCCCAUUUCAAGUGAUAGCAGAUGAUGAAGAUCAUGUCGAAGUACAUCCUUCAAAGAAAACCAGAUCUUCCAGGUCUAAACGCAUCUCUCGCAAGAAAAAGAAGCGUGAAACACAUGUUGAUGCACAAGUUUCCGACUUGUUCAACUGGCAAGAGAAGUAAAGAUGGUAUCUAGAUUCAUCGAGCAGAGAGAGACUGUAAUUAUCAUGGAAGUAGCUUCACCAAACAAAGCUGCAAACUGGCGUUCAGCAUUCAAGAUCUCAGUGUAGCAGCGGCAGCAACAAAUUUGAUUUGUGGUGAAGGAUUUUCUUGAUUUGCAUUUCAUCUGUGUUUCCGAUUCAUCAAAUAGCAUGAGCGCCUUCGAGUGAUGCACUCGAGCUCUCUCAUACAUUGUUGUAGUUAUCUUUCGGCCUCAUUUGAUUGUGUAGUUUUGUCAAAAUGAUGUUGUAUUUUCCAUCUCUAACAGGACCUCUACAUUUCUUCA